GAGGAGCCGGCGCUGGGGACAGCGGGGACGCGGCUUUGUGCAAGCGGGUGUCUUGGGGCGCCCAUGGCGGAGUGUAGCCGGGGAGGAGGCGCCGCGGGGGGACCCCUGCCCACCUCCCCAGGCCCGGCCCUGGGCUUGCCCAAGGGCGCCUUGAAAGCGGGAGCUGCCGGAGCUGCUGGUGGAGGCGACAGAGCAGGCGAUCGCCCUGGCCACGGAGGCGUUUCCAACGGGGACUGCAGCCUGGGGGACGAAUUCCGAGCCAGCCCGGCCAGGGGACCCCAAAACGAGACCUUUGGGGCGCCCCCCUCCUGUGUCCCAGCCGCCUGCCCUCUCCCCAGGUCGGACAGCAAAGCUCCUUCCGUCGGCCUGCCCCGCAGGAGUAGCAUCAUCAAGGAUGGCACAAAGCAGAAAAGAGAACGGAAAAAGACCGUCUCGUUCAGCAGCAUGCCAACAGAGAAGAAGAUCAGCAGUGCAAGUGAUUGUAUCAACUCCAUGGUUGAGGGCUCAGAACUCAAAAAGGUUCGCUCCAACUCCAGAAUUUACCAUAGGUACUUUUUACUGGAUGCCGAUAUGCAGAGCCUGAGAUGGGAACCUUCUAAGAAGGAUUCUGAGAAAGCCAAGAUUGAUAUUAAAUCCAUCAAGGAAGUGAGAACAGGAAAGAAUACAGACAUCUUCCGUAGCAAUGGCAUAUCUGACCAGAUAUCCGAAGAUUGUGCGUUUUCCGUCAUAUAUGGGGAGAAUUAUGAGUCCCUUGAUUUGGUUGCCAACUCUGCAGAUGUCGCUAACAUCUGGGUCACAGGACUACGGUACCUAAUUUCUUAUGGAAAACAUACCCUGGAUAUGUUAGAAAGUAGCCAGGACAACAUGAGGACUUCUUGGGUUUCACAGAUGUUUAGUGAAAUCGACGUGGAUAACGUUGGACAUAUAACUUUGUGUAAUGCUGUGCAGUGUAUCCGAAACCUUAAUCCUGGUUUGAAAAUUAGCAAAAUUGAGCUUAAGUUUAAAGAAUUGCACAAAUCCAAGGACAAAGCUGACACUGACGUCACGAAGGAAGAGUUUGUCGAGGUUUUCCACGAGCUUUGUACCAGACCUGAAAUUUAUUUCCUUUUAGUGCAGUUUUCAAGCAAUAAAGAAUUCCUUGAUACGAAGGACCUUAUGAUGUUUCUUGAGGCAGAGCAGGGUGUGGCCCAUAUCAAUGAGGAGAUAAGCCUUGAAAUCAUCCACAAAUACGAGCCAUCCAGUGAGGGUCGGGAAAAGGGCUGGCUUUCUAUAGAUGGCUUCACUAAUUACCUUAUGUCUCCUGACUGCUACAUCUUUGACCCGGAACAUAAAAAAGUCUGUCAGGAUAUGAAACAGCCUUUGUCUCAUUACUUUAUAAACUCUUCUCAUAACACAUACUUAAUAGAGGAUCAGUUCCGAGGGCCUUCUGAUAUCACCGGCUAUAUCCGAGCUCUUAAAAUGGGGUGCAGGAGCGUUGAGUUAGAUGUCUGGGAUGGGCCAGACAAUGAGCCUGUCAUUUAUACGGGCCACACCAUGACGUCUCAGAUCGUCUUCCGAAGUGUCAUCGACAUCAUCAACAAGUACGCCUUUUUUGCUUCGGAGUAUCCUCUCAUCUUAUGCUUGGAAAACCACUGUUCCAUCAAACAGCAGAAGGUGAUGGUGCAACAUAUGAAGAAGAUCUUAGGAGACAAGCUGCACACCACUUUGCCCAAUACAGAGGAGUCUUACCUCCCCUCCCCAGAUGUGCUGAAAGGGAAGAUCCUGAUUAAAGCCAAGAAGCUGUCCUCCAAUUGUCCUGGAUUGGAAGGGGAUGUCACCGAUGAAGACGAGGGAGCAGAGAUGUCUCAACGGAUGGGCAAGGAGAACGUAGAACAACUCAACAAUGUACCUGGGAAGCGAUUUCAGCUCUGCAAAGAGCUGUCUGAGCUGGUAAGCAUCUGCAAAUCAGUGCAGUUCAAAGAGUUCCAGGUGUCCUUUCAGGCCCAGAAGUACUGGGAGGUUUGCUCCUUCAAUGAGGUGCUGGCCAGCAAAUAUGCCAACGAGAACCCAGGCGACUUUGUGAAUUAUAACAAACGCUUUCUGGCCAGGGUUUUCCCUAGCCCCAUGCGGAUAGACUCCAGCAACAUGAAUCCUCAAGACUUUUGGAAAUGCGGCUGCCAAAUUGUUGCCAUGAACUUCCAGACCCCGGGCUUGAUGAUGGACCUGAACAUUGGCUGGUUUCGACAGAAUGGCAACUGUGGCUAUGUGCUGCGGCCGGCCAUCAUGCGAGAGGAGGUGUCCUUCUUCAGCGCCAACACCAAGGACUCCGUGCCAGGGGUCUCCCCUCAGUUGCUGCACAUUAAAAUUAUUAGUGGGCAGAACUUCCCCAAACCCAAGGGCUCAGGGGCCAAAGGGGAUGUAGUGGACCCCUAUGUCUAUGUGGAAAUCCAUGGGAUUCCUGCUGAUUGUGCUGAACAAAGGACAAAAACGGUGCACCAGAACGGAGACACCCCUAUCUUUGAUGAGAGCUUCGAGUUCCAGAUCAACCUGCCCGAGUUGGCCAUGGUGCGUUUUGUGGUCUUGGAUGAUGACUACAUUGGGGAUGAGUUUAUUGGGCAGUACACCAUUCCCUUCGAGUGUUUACAGACUGGCUAUCGUCAUGUGGCCCUGCAGUCACUGACGGGUGAGGUCCUGGCCCACGCCUCUCUGUUCGUCCAUGUGGCCAUCACCAACCGCAGGGGUGGAGGGAAACCUCACAAAAGGGGCCUUUCGGUGCGGAAAGGGAAAAAAUCUAGAGAAUAUGCAUCCCUGAGAACACUGUGGAUUAAAACCGUGGACGAGGUAUUCAAGAAUGCCCAGCCACCAAUUCGGGAUGCCACGGACCUCCGGGAGAACAUGCAGAAUGCAGUGGUGUCCUUCAAGGAGCUAUGUGGACUGUCUUCCGUGGCCAACCUCAUGCAGUGUAUGCUGGCUGUGUCUCCCCGCUUUCUGGGGCCUGACAACAGUCCCCUGGUGGUCCUCAAUCUCAGCGAGCAGUACCCCACCAUGGAGCUACAGGGAAUUGUACCUGAGGUCCUGAAGAAGAUUGUGACAACUUACGACAUGAUGAUCCAGUCCCUCAAGGCAUUGAUUGAAAAUGCAGAUGCCGUGUAUGAAAAGAUUGUACACUGUCAGAAAGCUGCCAUGGAAUUCCAUGAACACUUGCACAGCAUCGGUACCAAAGAAGGGUUAAAGGAACGAAAACUACAGAAAGCAGUGGAGAGCUUCACCUGGAAUAUCACCAUCUUAAAGGGACAAGCGGAUCUGUUAAAAUAUGCUAAGAAUGAAACUCUGGAGAACCUGAAACAAAUCCAUUAUGCUGCUGUUUCCUGUGGAUUGAAUAAGCCUGGCACAGAGAACACCGAUGUUCAGAAGCCGCGCCGGAGCCUUGAAGUCAUCCCUGAGAAAGAGAACGAUGAGAUUGGAGAAUGAAGGAACCUUCGUGAAAUCCUUAUGGAGUUUAUAACUCUAGGACCAAUUGUAGCCACGUGGGACAUUCACUUUGCACUCACUCAUGAAAAUAAUAUUGGGGAUUUUAAAGCACAACUGGAAUAAAUAAUUACAGUCUUAUUAAAACUGUGAAUGUAUGUAGCAAUCCUGUGUGUGAAGGCAAAUAAACUUUAAACACAAAAUUAUAUUCCUGGCCAAAAUAUGCUAUAUUUGUAUACAAAGGCAUUAUUAACUUGGUUCCAGUGUGAACAGACUAUUCACUCUAGUUCCAUUGAGAAAUGUUUUCCUAACAAAUAAUUUCUUAAGGUAGUGCCAUUCCAUGUAAAAUUAGUAUUUAUUGGAGGAAAACCUUGUCUGUACACUUCUGUGUGAGUGCCAGAGUUCAGGGUUCUGGAUGCUGGUGGGCCUCACCUACCUGCUGAACCCUAAUUGCUAAGAAGACUUAAGUGGACAGAGACCAGAGACCAUGGGACACCAUCAAGUUUAAGAAGAAUGUGCAAUUGGACUGAAUCGUGUGGGGUGUAUAUCUGAUGUACAAGCAAUCGAAAAGCAACAUACUGUAAAUGGUUUUUCAUUGUAUGAAACAGUGUUCACAUUAAAGAGAUGUUUUAUGAUA